AUGGCAGUGGCCCGGGGAGUCGGAAGCCCGGAGCCAGCGCGGCCGCUGCUAUAUAAGUGGGGGGGCCGCGGAUCGGGGGAGCCCGGCUGCGCUUUGGAGAAGCGAGGAGCCGCCGCCCGAGGCAGGUCCCGGCGAGCAAGGGCGCCUCGGCCCCCCGUUCCCUUUCCCAAAGGUGAGCACCUGGAGCCAGGAGCCCGGGUGCUUGGGUGUGUGAGGCACAGGGCACCCCAACAGCUGGCCUCCCCGUCACCCGCGCGCAGCCAAGCCCAGCGGGCGAGGCCCCCGGCGCCCCGCAGCCGCCGCCGCGCCAUGCUUCACCUUAGCGAGUUUUCCGGCCCCGACGCGCUUCUGGUCAAGUCCACCGAAGGCUGUUGCGCGGAACCUAGCACUGAAUUGUCCCGGCUGCCCGGUAGGGACGCGCCGGCGACUGCCGGCUACCCCGGAGCAGGCGACUUCUUGAGCUGGGCUUUGAGCAGCUGCAGCGCCGGGGGGGACUUAGCCGAUUCCUGCUUCCUGGAGGGGCCUGCACCCACGCCCCCUCCUGGCCUCAGCUACAGCGGUAGCUUCUUCAUCCAAGCAGUACCCGAACACCCGCACGACCCGGAGGCACUCUUCAACCUCAUGUCGGGCAUCCUGGGUCUGGCACCUUUCCCCGGCCCUGAGGCGGCAGCAUCCCGGUCUCCGCUGGACGCCUCUUUUUCCGCAGGCCCCGACGCCUUGCUGCCGGGUCCCCCGGACCUUUACUCCCCGGAUCUGGGCGCUGCCGCCUUCCCAGAGGCGUUCUGGGAAGCCUCACCCUCGGCAGGCGCCCCCUCACAGUGCCUGUAUGAGCCUCAGCUCUCCCCGCCCGACGUCAAGCCAGGCCUCCGGGCGCCCCCGGCCUCCCCUGCGCUGGACACUGCCUCGGCCUUCAAAGGCCCCUACGCUCCCUGGGAGCUGCUCUCAGCUGGAGCCCCAGGGAGCUGUGGGUCUCAGGGAGGCUACCAGGCCGCUCCCGACGCCCGUUUCCCCUCGAUGGGGGCCAAGAUUGAAGACCUGCUGUCCAUCAGCUGCCCGGCGGAGCUGCCGGCCGGUCCCGCCAACAGACUCUACCCCACGGGGUCUUACGACGCUUUCCCGCUGGCCGCAGGUGACUUAGGAGAGGUGGCCGAGGGCCUCCCGGGUCUCCUGACCCCUCCAAGUGGGGAUGGGGGGAGUAGCGGCGACGGUGGAGAGUUUCUGGCGGGUACUCAGGCUCAGGUUUCUCCCCUGGGCCUUCGCAGCACCGCGGCGGACUUCCCGAAACCUCUGGUGGCAGACAUCACUGGGAGCAGUGGCGUGGCCGAGCCUCCGGGGCCACCGCCGCCGGCCCCAUUCCCACCCACCAAGGCGCGGCGCAAGGGGCGCCGGGGCGGCAAGUGCAGCGCGCGCUGCUUCUGCCCGCGGCCUCACGCCAAGGCCUUUGCUUGCCCAGUGGAAAGCUGUGUGCGCAGCUUUGCGCGCUCCGACGAGCUCAACCGCCACCUGCGCAUCCACACGGGCCACAAGCCCUUCCAGUGCCGCAUCUGCCUCCGCAACUUCAGCCGAAGCGACCACCUUACCACCCACGUGCGCACUCACACGGGUGAGAAACCCUUUGCCUGCGACGUGUGCGGCCGCCGCUUCGCGCGCAGUGAUGAGAAGAAAAGGCACAGCAAGGUGCACCUCAAGCAGAAGGCGCGCGCGGAGGAGCGGCUCAAGGGCCUUGGCUUUUACUCUUUGGGCCUCUCUUUCGCCGCCCUGUGA